CUUACUAAUCCAGUCCAGUCAGUCCAGUCUCCAGUCCAUAGAUAAGCACUCGAAUAUACAGUACAACAAAAAAUAGGAAAAUAUUUUCAAUUUUCAUUAGUUUAUAGUUUGUGUUGUACUUACAAAUUUCUAUUUUAGCAAUUAAACAAGAACAUAAACGAAGAUAAACACGAUAAUAAUGAAUCUAAAAUGGAUUAAUGUAAAUGAAAGAUUAAAAAAUGGAGUAAAAUUAAUAAACUCUCUCUCAACAAAAAAAUUUCAAUUACUUUUGGGCCACAUAGUUGAAGCUGAAGGCGAGAAUCCGUUUACAGAGGAAGAACUGAAAAAACUAAAGGACUCAUUGAAGUUAACUGAGGAUGCAUUGCAACUUCUAGUGCAGUCAAUUUCACAUAUUUUUAAGCAAUCCAGUAAAGUGAUUCUUAAACCAACAGUUUUAUAUAAGCAGCUAUGUGAACAGCUAGAAUUUGAGGAUGAAAAGGCUGAAGAAUUUGUGAAGAUAUGGUGUAAUCACACUAAUGAAGAUUUUGGUAAUUUUAGUAGUAGAAUGAAGCUUGAAAAUGUUUCUUGGGAGUUAAAUAUUCAGGUUGCAGAUCAAAUUAAUAAUAAGCAGAGUGUUCCUAUUGGACGAAUGCAAUUUGAACUUGCACAAUCUGUUGAUAAUAGUAAAAAAGAGAGAAUAUUCAUGGAAUUUAACCAGAACGAACUUCAACAAUUGUAUAAUAAUUUGGAAAAGAUCCAAAUGAAACUUGAUAAUAUAAACAAUGUAGGGCAUUAAUAUUAUCAAAAGAUUUGUCAAAAAAUAAAACUAUUUUUUAAACUUUAUAGUAAGUAUAUUUUUUUUAAAUGUACUACAUAUCUAUGUCUUUUUAUAAUUAGUGAAUACAUCUAGCUUCUAUAUAUUAUACUACCAUGUAUUGUGAUAUUAAUUUAUG